AUGGCGAAGCUUUUUAUUGGGGGCCUAGCCUGGCACACAACCGAUGAAACUCUCAACGAAGGCUUCCAGCGUUUCGGAAAGGUGGAAGAAGCUGUUGUCGUAAAAGAUCGUGAUACGAACCGAAGCCGCGGUUUCGGAUUCGUACGAUUCGCCACCAAGGAAGAAGCCGACCGGGCACGCGAACAUAUGAAUAACACAGAGUUCGAUGGCCGUAUGAUUCGAGUAGACCAUGCGCAAGACAACAGAUCGGGCGGGCAAGGUCGAGGUGGCGGCUUCUCCGGAAGAGGUGGAUAUACACCUUCCCAGGGCAUGGCGGGAGGGUAUUCCCAGACGGGUGGUCAAGCAAGAAACUCGAACUCAACGUCAUAUGGACGAGGGACGGCGUUCAAUCCUCAGUACGAUCCACGAUACCAAGGCCCUGGGGGACCUUACGGUGGAGGGCCGUCGCAAGGUUCGAAUGACCCUUACGGGUCCAACGGACCCUACCGUCAAUAG